GGGAGGGGCUGCGCAGCCCCGCAGCCUGCGCGGGAAGGCUGUCAGCGCCGGGGCAGGAGUGGAGGCUUCCCCUUGGCUCCCCGCACCGUCUGCAGGAAGGCGCGGCGAGGCGGGGUGGGGACGAGAGGAAGGAGCGGAGCCUCCCCCCGGGGUGGGCAGCGCAGCUCCGCCGCCGGCCCAUGCCUCGGCGUGCGCAGUGAGCGCGGAGAGCUGCGGGCGGUCAGGCCAUGUCGGAGGCGGAGAGCGGUGCUGCAGAUGCAGUUUCCACAUCUGCUUACUCAUCACCAGCCAAAAGUUUGGGAGACCCUGGAAUAACUCCACUGUCUCCAUCACAUAUUGUGAAGGACUCGGAUGCAGAUGAUGCUGUAGAACAGAUAUUUCUUGUUGUUGUGGCUAUUGAUUUUGGCACCACAUCCAGUGGCUACGCCUACAGCUUCACCAAGGAGCCAGAAUGUAUCCAUGUAAUGAGACGAUGGGAAGGUGGAGACCCUGGUGUAUCCAACCAGAAGACACCCACAACCAUCCUCCUGACACCAGAGAGGAAGUUUCAUAGCUUUGGGUAUGCAGCAAGAGAUUUCUACCAUGACUUGGAUCCCACCGAAUCAAAGCACUGGUUGUACUUUGAAAAGUUUAAGAUGAAGCUGCAUACUACCAGUAAUCUUACCAUGGAAACAGACCUGACAGCUGCAAAUGGCAAAAAAGUCAAAGCACUUGAGAUAUUUGCUUACGCUCUGCAGUUCUUUAAGGAGCAGGCAUUAAAGGAGCUCAGUGACCAAGGAGGCUCAGAUUUUGAGAACACUGAAGUCAGAUGGGUCAUUACAGUGCCUGCUAUUUGGAAGCAACCUGCAAAGCAGUUUAUGAGACAAGCUGCCUACAAGGCAGGAAUGGCAUCUCCUGAAAAUCCUGAGCAGUUGAUCAUUGCCCUGGAACCCGAGGCUGCCUCCAUCUACUGUCGAAAGCUCCGUCUGCACCAGAUGAUAGACCUGAGCAGCAGGGCUCCUGUCAAUGGUUAUAGCCCAAGUGACACCAUUGGAACUGGAUUUACACAGGGCAAGGAGCACGUCCGUCGUAAUCGACAGAGCCGAACCUUUUUGGUGGAAAAUGUCAUAGGAGAGAUCUGGUCAGAACUGGAGGAAGGUGAUCGUUACAUCGUUGUUGACAGUGGAGGAGGCACAGUGGAUAUAACUGUCCACCAGAUAAGGCUCCCUGAAGGACAUCUUAAGGAGUUGUACAAAGCAACAGGUGGACCAUAUGGUUCUCUAGGUGUGGACUAUGAAUUUGAAAAGCUCCUGUGUAAAAUAUUUGGAGAAGAUUUUAUUGAGCAAUUUAAAAUCAAACGUCCUGCUGCCUGGGUAGAUCUGAUGAUAGCCUUUGAGUCCCGUAAACGGGCAGCAGCUCCAGACAGGACUAAUCCACUAAACAUCACCCUGCCUUUCUCCUUCAUUGACUAUUACAAGAAGUUUCGAGGUCACAGUGUAGAACAUGCCUUGAGGAAAAGCAAUGUGGACUUUGUAAAGUGGUCCUCUCAGGGAAUGCUGAGGAUGAGCCCGGAUGCAAUGAAUGCUCUUUUCAAACCUACAAUUGACCAGAUUGUUCAGCACCUUAGUGAUGUAUUUGAUAAGCCAGAAGUGACCAAUGUCAAGUUCCUGUUCCUGGUGGGUGGCUUCGCUGAAUCCCCCUUACUCCAACAAGCUGUCCAGAGUGCUUUUGGUUCGAGGUGUCGAGUCAUCAUUCCUCAGGAUGUGGGGCUCACAAUCCUCAAAGGAGCUGUUCUCUUUGGUCUAGACCCUGCUGUCAUCAAAGUACGGCGUUCUCCUCUCACCUAUGGUGUGGGUGUGCUCAAUCGUUUUGUGGAAGGGAAGCACCCACCAGAGAAGCUUCUGAUCAAAGACGGCACACGCUGGUGCACUGAUGUCUUUGACAAGUUUAUCUCAGCUGACCAAUCUGUAGCCCUUGGAGAGACUGUGACCCGCAGUUACACGCCUGCCAAACCUUCUCAGUUAGUAAUAGUGAUCAAUAUCUAUAGCUCAGACCAAGAUAAUGUCAGCUUCAUCACUGAAUCUGGAGUGAAAAAGUGUGGCACUCUUCGCUUGGAUCUCACAGGAACUGAUGCUUCGGUGCCGAACCGACGGGAAAUCAAAACACUUAUGCAGUUCGGGGACACUGAAAUCAAAGCCAUGGCCAUUGAUGUUGCCACCUCUAAAAGUGUAAAAGUUGGUAUUGAUUUCUUAAACUACUAACGGUCCAUUUUCCCCCACCACAGCCUGUUCGUGAGACUGAUCUUCCACUAUUCCAUUUUUUGACUUUCAUAUGUCACGUAAUCAACUUGAAUUUCAGCAGGCUAUAUGAGAACAGCUAGUAAGGUGGAGUACAUCGUGUUUGUGCUCUUUGAUGACCAAAGACUGGAUUUUGAAAGACCUUUAAAAAAUUUUGGGAACGAAAGUUCCAGAGGUAGAAGUUCCCAAGUUACUCAAGCAUGCUUAUGAUCUACCUUUAUUAAGUACAUACUGAUUAUUGUUGGGUCCUGAAGAUUAGUUAAAAAUCACAAUCUCUAUGUUACUCUUUUUCUUCUUCUUCCCAAGAAACACCCUAACCCACAUGAUUGUUGUAGGGGCUGUAUCUAUGUGGGGCAUCAAUUUAAGCAGUACCAUCCUCUGGCAAUGGGAACAACAUAGUAGUGCACAGUAUUUUGUUCUUUGAACACCCUGAAAGGAGAUUGUAGUGAGGUGAGUGUUGGUCUCUUCUUCCAAGUAACAAGUGAUAAAAGAAGAGGAAAUGGCCUCAAGUUGUCCCAGGAGAGGUUUAGAUUGGGUACUAGAAAAAAUUUCUUCACUGAAAAUAUUGUCAGGCACUAGAACAGACUGCCCAAGGAAGGGGUAGAGUCACCAUCCCUGAAGAUAUUUAAAAGACUUGUAGAUGUGGUGCUUAGGGACAUGGCUUAGUGGUGACCUUGGCAUUAUUAGGUUAAAUAUUGGACUUGAUGAUUUUGAAAGUCUUUUCUAGCCAAAACAAUUCUAUGACUUUGCUCUGUGCUUUCAAAAUUUAAAGUGUUGGAAUGACUGAAUGACUUAAGAAGUGGGAAUUGAGUUUUUUGUAUUCUGAGAUCCCACCGAAGAAAAAUUCCUCAGAAAUCCUUAAACUUAGAUUCAGAAUAUAUGUAUCAGGAAUCUAAUAUUGAUUGCACCAAUUUGAAAACGAGGCCUUUAUUGUCAAAGCUCUCAGACCUAGCAGUUGUAUUAAAUUGUUAGUAUUACCCAUAUUACACUCUAGAAAAUUAAUAAGAACAAAGCUGUUUCCCAUUUUAAGUCUUGUGAACUUAAGUCUCCAUCUGAAAUCAUAGAGUCACAGAAUGGCUGAGGUUGGAGGUGACAUCCAUGGAGCAUCGGGUCCAAUCUCUCAGCUUUAAGCAGCGUCAGCUAGAGCAGGAUACUCUGUCCAGUUUCAGUUAUCUCCAAGGAUGGAGCUGUCUGAACAUCUCUGGCCAAGCUGUCCCAGUAUUUGACAACCCUUACUCCAAAAAAGUCUCUUGUUACAUUUAGAAUGAAUUUCUUGAGUUUCAGUUUGUGACCACUGCCCCUCGUUCCUUCACUGGAGACCUCCCAGAAGUCUGGCUCCAUUUUCUUUACUGUCUUCUAUCAGAUUUAGAUACAUUCCUGGCAUUCCCUGAGCCUUCUCAAAUCCAAACAGUUUGAGUCUCCAGGCCUCUCCUCACAUGACAAAUCCUCCUGAAUCAUCUUCAUGACCCUUUGCUGUACUCAGUCCAGCACAUCUGUGUCUCUCUUGUCCUGAGAAGCACAGAACUCCAGAUGUGGUUUCACCAGGGCUGAAUAAAGUGGAAUACUCUUUUUGCUUGACCUCCUGGCAGUGCUCUUCCUAUUGCAGUACAGGAGGCACUCUUUGGGCUGUUUCACAAGGGCACAUUUCUGAUUUAUGCUCGACUUAGUCUCUACCAAGACCCUGAGGUCUUUCUGCCAAACUGCUUCCCAUCCAGUUGGCCCAAAGCCCACACUGGCACUUGAGGUUAUUCCUCCCCAGGUUCAGGACUUUGCACUUCCCUUUGAACUUUAUGAGGUUCCUGUCUGCACAUUUCUGCAUCCUGUUGGGAUCCCUCUGGCCCAGUUGGUUUAUCAAGCACUUCUCCCAGUGGUUGUACUUUUUUCCUUGGUAAUCCCUGUGGUAAGACUUGGAAGUACAGUUAGGUGAUGGGUGUCCAGGAAGAUUUAAACAACUUAAAAGUGAAUAUGUCAAGAUCAAAAGUACUGUAAUGCAUUUUUGAGUAGCAAACCUUGUAAAAGAGUAGGAUAUGUCUCUGGGUAUAGUAAAGUAGAAGGCAGAAGCCAAGAGAAAUAAGCUACAAACAGUAUUACAUAAACCAUUCCUUACAUGACUAUUAGCACACAAUAGAAACUACAGUGAAAUACAGUGAGGGUCAUGGUAGCAUCUCUCUUCCAAACAAUAACUUUUUGGAAAUGUUUUCUUAAGCAUGUUCACCUGGGAAGCUGCUUCUGCAGCCAGAGGAGAUUUUAUUUUAUAAAAUGUUGCAGGGAGAUAACUUCUGAAAGCUGUAAUCUAUGUCUGCCAUGAAUUAACUUCAGAUUCGAGUCUAGAUUCCUCUGGCAGACUGGUACCAACCUGUAGAAUCAUCCUAAAGAGCUGACAUUUCAGAAUAUUUAUACAGAGCUGCCUGAUCACCUGCUGGAAUUCAUUACAUUUUUGAAGUUUUACAGUGUUUAACAACUGUUAAACUAAACCUUCAUUUCUAAUAAGUUGAGCAGAAGUUAAAUCCAUUACUGACACUUAGAAAAUGAAAGCUUCAUCAGUUAUUUCACUAAAUUAUGUUCUAAUUCUGCACUUAAGCUUUCUGUGUUUAGCCUGGAGUUUUGCCACAGUAAAGAGCUGCAGAGCUGCUCUACUGCAUUUUGCCAUUGGGUUUUUGUGUCUUCUGCAGAAUUCCAUAGUUGAAUGUGAAAUCUGUUCUGCAUUCAGCUUUAAAAAAAAAAAAAAAAGGACUAUGGAGAAUGCUAGUCACAGUAUCUGGCUGGAUACUUUCUGUAAUUACAAAGUGUGCUUGCUAGCAUUCAGUUUCCUGCUGCCUGCUAAAUGCUUUAAAAGCUAAAUACUGGGAUUUUUUUGUGUGUUGCUUUCUAUGGUUUACAAACAAGAGAAACUUUAAGAUGAGUUAUGAACAAUAUAAUUUUAUGUAUAUACAAUAUUUAAAUAUUGUACAGACUCUUUCUUUCUACAGUGCUAUUUUCUUGUAUAAAAAUGCUCUUUGCCUCUGUUGAUUUCAUUCAGCUGUUAAAUAACAUAGUUUCUCAAUCAGCUUCUGUAAUUACAGGCUUUUAAAGAUGGUAAGAUACAAAAUGUAAAAGGCUGAUCUUAUAAUAAUAGGAAAGAAAUGUUGGUGUGUCAGAGAAUACAACAUUCUUCCUGCAAUGCAAGUCGUACCAGUUAAGCAUAUUACACAGAUGCACUAGUAUGUUGCUGGCAUUUUAAGUUCUUUGUUUCAGAUGGUGACCAUUCCAGCUCCAGCAGUUCAUCAUAAUAAUGGAUGAAUCCUCCUGUAAAACCAAGUUAAAAAUUAAAUAUACAGCUUGGAUAUACAGCUUCUUUGCUAUUUUUUUUUUUUCGUUUUUUUUUUUUAAGGAUCUUCUCUAGUGAAAGAAAACCAACCAACCAACCAAAAAAAAACCAACAUAGAACUACCUUCCAAAGGCAGGCAACACAGAUUUAUUGUAGCUGCAGGUAAUGCCCAGUCUCUGUCUACCAUUACCACCCAUCAAAAGGCAAAAUUUUAAAAAGUAGGCUUUGGUGUCUGCAUCCUCUGUUAAACUGAAUCGGUCCAAUUUUGCACAGAUUUGUUUCCAGUGGCCUUAAGUUAACACAGAAUUUGGUCUAAUAAAUGACUUCAACUUUCCUCUGCCCCCUGAAGAGGAGUUGAACUGCAGGAUCAGGUGGCCCAGGAUUUUCGUGCUCUUUUCAGCCUUUCUGCAGGGAAUCCCUUCAGGGUAGUUUCUGCAGCUCUUCUGAAGCAUGGUUCCCUUCACAGUAGCAAUUUGCUGCACUUUCAUAUUCCCCUUUUUUAAGAUAACUUCUGGAUCCAAGCAGGGCUUGUUGCUGAAAUGACUCUCCUGUAACUGUAAAAUAUGAAGUUUGCAUAUUUUUGCACUUGCUCAUUCAGUCUGAUGAGAGAACUCUCAAGCUUAUCUUUGCAGAGCACUGAACUACUGAAAAAGCUCCCAGCUGUCCUUCUUGUCCUCUUUAAAUCUAAGAAUGGAAAAUUAGUUUGUCUUCCUAAAGAAUUAGAAUUGUAAGUAGAAUAUUAUGCUGUGGUCUAUAGUCUAUAACCCACUUAAACAGCUUUACAUUGUAAGUGGCAUGUGGAUGCCCAUUUGGAUAAAGGAUGUUAGGCUGUAAAAUGAAGAUGAAAUUUAUUAGGAAAUGAGUCAUUUUUAGAAUAGGAAUUCUGAUACUUCUGCAGGAGAUUGCCUGCAGAGCAUUUUUUGGUAGGGGUUUCAGAUGACAUUGUGCAACUAGAUGUUGAGAAGACAAGGCCUGCUGUCCUUGGAGAAAGCAGGAGGCCUUGGCAAAAGUUCUGUUCUGAGCAGCAACUUGCAAGUUUGGGUUCAAGUUAUUUAUCUCUAGGCUGAAAGUUAGCAGCUACUUGUGCUAGAAUGAUGAAUUGUGCUAGACUAUGAUAAAUGUGCAGUGAUGGUUAGGAUGGUUUACAUUGGUAUGAAUAUACCAAUAUUUAUAUACAGGAGUUUUAAUGCAUUAUUAUGAGAAGGCUAAUUAUAUAUUGCAGAGAUUUAAUUGCCAAGAUAAGCUGCAUAUUUAUGAUAUGAAGUGGCUUAAGCGGAUGAAUAGUAUAAAAUUGUUGGGCAUAAAGUCACAGUACUCACCUGCUUGAAAUAGUCUUAACCUAUACUAUAAAACCAACCAUUGUGGUCUUGUUCACCUCUGUGCAAGAUAAAUUCAGAUUUCACUGAUGUUUGGAGCUGUUCACAACUUGUCUGGAUUGUAUCUUGAGUGUUCGUGUGUCUUCAACCAUGUCAAAUAAAAUACAGUAAAACCAA